UUCUUUUUCAUUCUAUUUUCAAUAUGCCACCCAAGAAGCAACAACAAUCCAAGAAGGAUAAAGAAAAAAAGCAAAAGGCCGCUGAAGACAAGACCUUUGGUAUGAAGAAUAAGAACAAGUCUUCUAAGGUCCAAAAAUAUAUUCAGCAAGUUCAAAGUCAAGCUAAACACAACGCCCAACAAGGCAAAGACCAGAACAAAGCAGAAACUGCCGCAGCCAAGAAGGCGGAAGAACAACGCAAGAGAGAAGAGUUUGCUGAACUCUUCAAGCCUAUUCAAGCACCUCAAAAGGUUCCCUUUGGUGUUGACCCUAAAACUGUUCUCUGUCAAUAUUUCAAGGCUGGUCACUGUGACAGAGGUGCCAAGUGUAAGUUCUCUCACGACUUGAAUGUGGGUCGUAAGGUUGAAAAGAAGGAUUUGUAUACUGAUAGCAGAGUGGAUGACACAAUGGAUAAAUGGGAUCAACAGAAACUUGAAGAAGUUGUUAACAGUAAAUCUGGAAAGCAACCUCCUACUGAUAUUGUCUGUAAGUUCUUUUUGGAAGCUAUCGAGACAAGCAAGUACGGUUGGUUCUGGGAAUGUCCAAAUGGAGGUGUCAACUGUAAGUACAGACAUGCUCUUCCCCCUGGUUUUGUUCUUAAAUCAAAGAACAGCAAAGCUGAAGAGAAGGAAGAGAUUUCACUUGAAGAGUUCUUGGAAGUUGAGCGUCAUAAAUUGGGUCCUAAUUUGACACCUGUUACACUUGAAUCUUUCCAACAGUGGAAGAAGAACCGUGUUGAUAAGCGUGAAGCUGAUGAAUCUUCUCUCCGUAAAUCAAAGGAAACACGUAUGAAGGCUGGUAGAUCACAAGGCAUGUCUGGUAGAGAUCUGUUUGACUUUAACCCUGCACUUGCACAAGAUCUUGAUGAUGAAGAAGAUGCUAUUGAUUUCUCUUCUUUUAACCGUGAAGAAGCUGAAAAAGAACGCGAUAGAUUAGCAAAUGAAAAGUUUCUGUCUCAGAAUAUGGGCAAUAUGUCCUUACAGGAUGGCACUAUUGCUACUGAGUAGAAUAUGAAUAUGAAUAAAAAGAAAUCAUUAUUAUUUAA